AUGAUUGGGCACCCACGUACGCCCCAGCCUGACCGCAGAAUAUCAGAAAUCGGCCACAUACUUACACCUCUGGUUAUCUUUCCACGGGAACCGCUUGCAAUGCACUACUUAGGAGUUCCUAUUGUGAUAGGAGUAAGUUCUCCUGCUCAUUAUGUGUUAUACAUUGCUAUGAUUGCUGUCCAUGAUGAGGACUAUGAGAGAGCAUGCCAGAAGCUAAAGGACUAUGGAUUCCGUGCAAUAUUUGAGUAUCCAACCAACCACAAUCUAGCUGGCGGUCUAAAGUUGAACUUGACGCUGAAUUCUUUCGCAGAUAUUACGCAUACUGUCUCUACUAAGGGCUACGACAUCAUUGGCAAUAUCUGCCAUCCACUCAAAGAGCCGUUGGUGGAGAGUUUGGCUAGGGGUGUUCUUGCCGAUCAGGAUGACGAGAAUGCCGAGUUUUCGAAUUGGGGAAACACAAUGAGCACCUGGGUGGCUAUGAUGUGUGCAUACCUUGAGGUGAACAAUUAUAUGCUCGACAGUUGCUCACGAGCGAGCAGUGGAUUGGUUCAGUGUGAAAUAUGGUCGAAUACACGAGAAGUUUGGCCCUUGAGACAGACGUGUCUCCAAGUGAUCGAGGUUACCACUUCUUUCCCCGGGACUUCCCUCUUCCUGUUAGAAUUCGUGCCGGUUUCUCAUUAA